CCUGAGAGGAGGGGACAAGCAGAGCGGAGGGGAGACCCGCCACCUCCCUCCUUCUCUUGCUCCCUCCUGGGCUGCGGCUGCUGCAACGGCGGCGACGGCUGCGGUGGCGGCGGCAGCCGGAGCAGUCUGGAAGCCGGCGUCCAGGAUUUGCUGCUGUCUCUGCUGCUCCAUCCUCCUCUCAGAGGCCCUCUCCCCUCUCCCAUCUCAAGAUGGCAGCCAGCAGCUCUGAGGUCUCUGGGAUGAAGGGGACAGAGGAGGGUCUCCAGACCCAGGGAGAAGGACCUGGCCAUUCUGAGGCCAAAACUGGCCCUCUCCAGGUCCCAGCUGGGGUCCCAGAUGAGCCAGAGGCCCUGCAGCCAGGUCCAGACAUCACUGGGGCCCCUAUGGACUCAGAGCCCAAAGCUGAGAUGGCUCCAGAAAUCACAGAGAUCCCAACAGGGGCCCCAGAAACAGCCCAGGCCAAAGACCUCAGCCCAAGCUCAGGAGGGGAACCAAAGGUCAACUCCAGUCCCAAAAAAGCAUGCCAAGAGCCAGCAUCCCAGCCAGAAGUGAGCAAAGAGGUAACUGCAGACCAGGGGACCAACCUGGAGUCUGCAGGCCUGUUUGAGCCAGCCUCAGAGCCCACUUCCCAGCUGGACCCUCAGUCAGGUUCCCAGCCCACCCCCAAGCCAGCCCUUCAGACAGAGCCUCCUACCCAGGAGGACCCCACCACUGAGGUCUUGACUGAGAGUCAAGGAGAAAAGCAGGAGAAUGGGGCAGUGGUUCCCCUGCAGGCUGGUGAUGGGGAAGAGGGCCCAUCCCCCCAACCUCACUCACCACCUUCAACAAAACCCGCCCCAGCCAAUGGGGCUACCCCCCGCAUGCUGCAGCAGCUUGUUGAGGAAGACCGACUAGGAAGGGCUCACAGUGGGCAUCCAGGAUCUCCCCGAGGUAGCCUGAGCCGCCACCCCAGCUCCCAGCUAGCAGGGUCUGGCAUAGAGGGGGGUGAAGGCACCCAGAAACCUCGGGACUACAUCAUCCUCGCCAUCCUGUCCUGCUUCUGCCCCAUGUGGCCUGUCAACAUUGUGGCCUUCGCUUAUGCCAUCAUGUCCAGGAACAGUCUGCAGCAGGGGGAUGUGGAUGGGGCCCAUCGUCUGGGUCGAGUGGCCAAGCUCUUAAGCAUCGUGGCGCUGGUAGGGGGGGUCCUCAUCAUCAUCGCCUCCUGCGUCAUCAACUUAGGCGUGUAUAAGUGAGGGGCUCUGCCCUGCAUUCCAAGACUUUUCUUCCUGUUGGGAGCUGCCUUGGGCCCAUCCUCCCCUGCUCCCCCUGAGGGGAGCCCAAUCGAUGGCCCAGGCCCACACCCAUAGGGACCAAGGGAGCCUGAGCAGCCUUGUUUACAGUUUCUUUCCUGCUCCUGCAUCUUGCCAGGUUCCUCUGCCAACUGUAGGCCUCCCUUCUCCCUGCACUGUUUCCAGUCUCCCUGCACUUCUGCCUGCAGCCAGUCCAGCCUCUUGGUCUCCCUAUUUCUGCACUUCUGAAAACCUCCCUGAACAUCUCCCGAACUCUGCUCUCAGCCCAUCUUCAUCUCUCCCAUCCUUCCUGCACUUCUUCCAACCUCCCAAAUUGCUGGCACCUCAACCCUGACCUCCCCCUCCCCAACUUUCACUGUCUUUGCAUCUUCCACUAUUCCUUUCUUCCUUCUCUCCUUUAUCAUUUCUC